AUGAACUUGGCCUUGCUUGGCAAGCAAGCUUGGAGGUUGCUUACAAAACCCACAAGUCUGUUGGCUCGCGUGUUUAAGGCACGUUACUAUCCUAGCUGUGAUUUCUUUGAUGCUGGGGAGGGAAGUAAUCCUUCUUUUGUAUGGAAAGGCAUGCUGGAGGUCAAGAGUUGUUUGAGGGAGGGGUGUAGGAGGGCAGUUGGUGAUGGGUGUGACACUACUAUAGGCUUGGAUCCGUGGCUCCCGGUUGAUGAUAAUCCGUAUGUGGAGACAGACUUGCAUCCCUCGGUCCGUUCGGCACCGGUGUCCUCUCUUAUGAAUAUGCAUGGUACUGGGUGGGAUAUUGAGUGUGUUUAUGAUGUUUUUAAUGUUCGCGAUGCUAAUUUGAUUUUAAACAUACCUGUUAGUGUUCGAAGGCCACGAGAUGAGUGGAUGUGGCGAUGGGAUCAAAAGGGCGCUUAUUCGGUUAAAUCUUGUUACAAGCAACUCACAUUGGUGGAUGCGGAUGAUCGCCCAUGGACUAAAAUUUGGAACUUGCAUAUUCCCCCGAAGGAAUCAGCCCUUCAUCUGUUUGUUUACUGUGCUGAAGUGACCCACCCGGCUUUGGAUGUUGAUUCUCUGCCUAAGUUUCUAAUGGCUUGUUGGGGUGUGUGGAAUAGCAGGAAUGACAGUGUGUGGAAGGGUGUGGUUUUUGAUAUGAAUGUGAUGCUGCAUAGGUCUAUGGUGUUCCUGGAUAGUUGGAGGAAUGCGAAUGAGGGAACACGAACGAAUCAGGAGCAAAUGGAUCGUGCGACCUGGACAAAACCUGCGCAAGGGAGAUUGAAGUUGAAUACAGAUGUGGCACUCAGGCAGGAAAGUAAUGAAAUGGGGGUAGGCUGGGUGUUGAGAGAUGAUAAUGGAAUUUUUCUAGCUGCUAAGAAUGUGAGGUUGCCGGGGGUUUAUAUGGUUAAAGAGGCAGAGUCACUUAGCAUACGAGAGGCUUUGAGUUGGUUAAAGGCUACUGGAAUGGGAGAUGUUGAUGUGGAAACGGACUGUCAAACUGUUUUUAAUGCUUUACGUUCGGAGCCUUUUAAUUCUAGUUUCGGUUUUUUAAUUGAGGACAUUAAAGGUUUAGCUUCUGAGAUUGUAGAUGUAGAUUUCUACUGUGUAAAGCGAUCUGCGAAUAGUGCCGCCCAUAUUGUUGCUAGGGAGGCCUUUUCUGUGUCAGGUUGCGGGGAAUGGUUUGAUUCCCCUCCAUCUUUUCUUGUAGACUCUCUUAUUCAUGAUUUAAUGAGUUAG